CUAUACAUUCUGAUUAUAAUUUAGAAUCAAGAAAGGAAGCACAAUGGAAACUGACAAAUAAACUUCUAGAAGCAUUUAAUUUGUCUGAUCUAGCAACUCAUCGUUUAUUUCAAAAUACAACUCAAAAUUAUAGUGAAAGAUUUUAUAGACUUUUUGUUUGCUAUAAUAUUGCAAAAACAAUGAGAGUUACAGAAGAAAGAGCAAAAAAAACAAAAACACAGUCUAAAAAAAAGAGAGCAAAUGAGGAAAGUACAAGUAAUUUACAUAUAACAUAUGAAAAAGAAUCUAAAAAAAGAAAAAUUUCUGAUAAUAAUGGUGACCCAGGCACUCAAUAUCAAAAUGA